GAACCUUCUCUGAUCUCUGCCCCCCUCGCGCGGUCUCGCCGCUCAAACCCUCCGGAAUCCUCAGCGCCACUCCCCUGCCCCCACUCAAACCUGGCGCCAAGCGAGCCUUUCAAACUCCCCGUCGCCUUCCAGGACCUUCUAGAAGCGCCCCCUCCACCGCGCCAUGGGCAGCGGGCGGAAGCGGCCGCGGGGGGCCGGGGAGCUGGGGCGGGUGGCGGAGAUCGUGAUGGUGCUGGCGGCUGCCGGGGAGGCCCGGGGCGGCAGGGCGCCCACAGCGGCGGAGCGCGCGCUCGUGGCGGAGGCGCGGUGGCGGCUCGCGGCGUCGGUGGCGGCCGUCGAGAUGCGGCCCAAGGAGCUGUACCCGAGGGAGGCCGUGCGCGCGCUCGUCGAGGACCUCGGGCUCGGCCGCGCCAGGGAUCCCGCCGCCAUGGGCUACCGCCCCCGCAGGGCCUCGAUCGCCGAGAGGGUCGUUCUUACCAAGCGCAAGAUGGAACAAGUCAACGAAUCUCUAGUACGUCCAACCAUUAAUAUUCCCCAGACAACAACCUCAAGUGCAAAUGCUAUAUUCCAGGAUGGAGUUUCCAAGUCCACCGCUGAAUUAACCAGGAACCUGUCAGCUGCUGGGUCAUUCCCUGCCUCAACCCCAACCCCAAUAACUAUGUCUUCUUCUAUCUUGAAGCAAUCCCGACCAAAUGAAACACCAGCAGGAGUAUCUUCUUCCAAAUCAGCUAACCUUCCUUCAAUUGUUUCUCUGCCACCGGUUGGUUCUGCGAAUAUUGAAGUGGAAAAAGCUGUUAAUUGUCCUAAUUUCAGAAAAAGUGGAGCAACUAUUGGCCAGACAAAUAAAUCAGCUCAUUUUACUGCUACUAGGUCCAGCCAAAGCAGAGUCCAGAGUUCUAGUGCAGGGAAAUCUCAUGAAAAGAAGGCACCUUCGGCUCAACCUGUCAACAGGAACAUUGCUAUAGGAGAUCAUGUUCCACCGGGAGCAGCAGCAUUUGUUCAACAGGAACCCUGCUUCUCCAAUCACAAUGCGAUAGCGAAAAAUGUUCAACUGGUUCUGCACCAACCUGCCAACCAUCCUAGCUGGACGGUACCAUCAACUGAGUAUAUGCAUGCUCGGCUGGACUGUCAAAUAUGUAAAACAUUUAUCACUGAUGUGGAGAGUUUGCUCGUUUGUGAUGCUUGCGAGAGGGGUGUACACUUAAAAUGUCUAAAGCAGGAUGGGAAUGAAGGCCUGUCAAUUGUAGAUUGGUAUUGUCCAACCUGUGUAACGUAUAGUAAGGGCAAACCUCUGCCUCCAAAAUAUGGCAAGGUUACAAGAACAAUUGUUGCAUCAAAGGCUAGAGGUGUAACUUCGCAGAGAGCACCAGGAAACCCACGCACAAAAGAUAGUGAAGAAGUGGCAGGAAAUGGAAGUUUUAUCAAGCAUAACUCCAGUGAACCUGGUAGGUCUGUACGUAACAGUGACAUGUUGGCCUUAGACACUGCUAGUUCAAAAGCACAAUUGGCCUCUGCUUCUGAAUAUCAAAAGGAAAACACUAAACAUACUGACACUCUGUCCAAACAAAAGGAAGGACAUGGCCCACCUUCAAGAAGCUUAGUUACAAAGACCAUGGAAUCCUCCAGUCAAAUUGAAAGUAGUGGAGGAUCAACAUAUAGUGCUGCUGGAAAUCUGUCGGAACAGUCUCAUAAGCAAAGAGAGACCAUUGAGUUACUUCCAUGUGCUGUGAAUUCAGUAAAUGAUUCCACACUACAGACUACUGCAAUUUUUUACGGAGGAAAUUCUGAACAUUCCUUCAUUGACUCAUCUGAAAUGUGUGGAAUAGAAGGAAACUCUGACCAACUUCUGAACAAGGACGAACAAACAACCAGCAGCGGUAGAACACCAGCAGAUCAAACACAUCAAGAAGAUGUAGCCGCUGAUAUUGGAAUAGGGUGUCCUCAGGAUGAUGAAACAACAGAAGUUAAUGCCAUGUCAGAACAUAACAAUGUGUAUCUGGUGACAUCAAACAUGGACUUAUGUGCUAAGCAUGAAGUUAUGGCAGGUCCAAAGAGUGAAGCUUUAGGUUACAGCUCAGAUCUUGGUGAUGUGGAUUGGGUUGGCGAUGCCCUGAAAGUUGUGGGCAACAUAACUUAUUAUAACUCCUGUAUUGUUGAUGGUAUAACAUACAAUCUCCAAGAUCAUAUUUUGAUUGGUUCCAAAGAUGGCAAGUCUGCUCCAUCCAAGCUGCAGUCACUGUGGGAAGAGCAUGGCUCCCAAUCUAAGCUGGCUAUGGUUAAUACAUAUUUCUUUGCUUCGGACAUUCCAGAAUCGGCUACCAAACCAUGUUCUCCUGAAGAGAAUGAGGUAUAUGCUUCAAAUGAUCAAAGAACAGUAAUGAUUUCUUCAAUUUGUGGCCCAUGUGAUGUGUUGCAUGUUGACAAGUUUAGAGAAGAGACUAAUAGAAGAAAUCAGGUGGUCAGUUCAGAUAGUGAGCUACAUCCAAUUUUCUUUGGCAGGUGGAAGUAUGAUGAAUGCACAGGCAGUUUUGUUAGUGUUGAUAGUUCGAUGGUUUUCUGACAUUCUUUUGAAUCACAGUUCACAACUGUACAUUGCCGUUCGUCUCUCAUUCCAGCCAUUUUGCUGGAUGUAUAUGUGAAGGAUGAAGCUGAAGUGAGGUUCAUAUGCAUUGUUACUAUAUUAUAGAAUGAUGUGUACUGGUUCAGAUCUUGCUGCGGGUUUGCCUCCUUGCUUCCUAUCAACUUGAGCUAUUUCCUGUGGAGUUGUUGCAAAAUUUAGACCCUUGAUUUACCUGGUACCCUUAAAAAUCAUUUCACCUUC